GAGGAGCAAAAGGACGGUUUUAUUUUCCGGCCAACGAGAAAGCUAUUGCAUCGGUCGGAACUCGGGUCUAUUGCAUCGGGUCGGGUUAGGUCAUAGUCACUACUCCGACGCUGACUUCAAUCUCGCGGCUCCAUCUCUCGCUCUCUGAUUGUUUACUCGAGUUUGGUGGUUUUGUAUAAUUGAUCGGACUCAAUGGAAAAGUCCGUCGUAGUCCGCCGUGAAACCGAUGGAGAAGACGUUGAGGGAGAAGCGGAAAGAGAAGCUGUCUUUGCACAACUGAAAGUUCUCUGCUUGGAGCUUCUAAACCUAUCGCAAAACCCUCAAAAGGAUCCGGCCACGAUCCCUGCUUUGCUCCGCCUCCUCCGCCGUACUCCUCCUUCCACUCUCCAAUCCUUCUUCCACUACACUUUGUUUCCAUUGCUUCUUCUGUUAGACGCCGCCGUUGCUUGCAGAAGUCAGGGGAAAAAGCAGACUGAGGAAUUUCCAACUACACCUUAUAGAGUGAGUGAUAAAGUGGCGGAAGGUGUAAUCUAUUGUCUUGAGGAACUUUUAAAGAAAUGUUACAUUGGAUCCAUUGAUCAGAUGGUUGUAAUUAUGAAGAAGUUGACUAGUGGUGCUAUUUUAUCCCCAUCUGAGGCUGCUGAAGAGUUUCGUGAAGGGAUCAUCAGAUGUUUCCGCGCAAUGAUCUCUGGUCUGCUUCCAUGCUCUGAUGAUUCUUGCUCAUGUAAGCGCACUGUUGGCUGGCCUCAACUGUCAGAUAUAAGAGAUUAUCAAACUCAAGUUUCAGAGUCUUUUAAGUAUGAUUUAGAAACCCGAGAGUGCUUGCUUGCGUUUCUUCAGUCUCAGUCUGCUUUGGCUGCUGUGGGUCAUUGGCUUUCUAUUCUUCUCAAAGUGGCUGAUGCUGAGGCUUCUCGAGGACACCGAGGAAGUGCAAACCUUCGAGUUGAAGCCUUUAUGGCCUUACGAAUACUUGUCGCUAAGGUUGGUACUGCUGAUGUGUUGGCCUUUUUUCUACCUGGUGUUGUUAGUCAAAUUGCCAAAGUGUUUCAUGUUUCGAGAGCAAUGAUAAGCGGUGCUGCCGGAAGUGUUGAUGCAUUGGACCAAGCAAUUAGAGGUUUAGUUGAGUUUCUUAUGAUAGUCCUUGAGGAUCAAACUAAUUCAUCCAAAUCUCAAGGGCAGAGCGACGAGCUGACAGAAAUUACAAACCAAGACAUUGUAACCAUCGAUGUACCUGAAAAAUUCAAACUGAAUCCGAGUCGAGACUCCUUUCAUGUUGAACGUACAAAGGAAUGGUUAGAUAGCACUACUUCUCACGUGAAUAAGCUUCUCUGCGAGACGUUUCCUCAUCUUCUUAUUCACCCAGCCGGAAAAAUACGAGGGGGAUUUCUCGCAGCAGUACGUGGAUUGCUAUUGAAGAGCUCUUGUUCGCUGAAGGGGUCUAGAUUAGUGAUGGUGGAAUGCAUAUGUACUCUGGCUGUUGAUGACUUCGAUGAAGUUUCUGUAGCAGCUCAGGAAUUUCUUGAUCAUUUAUUCUCCAAAGGUACAAAUCACCACAUAGAGAGUGAUGUAAUCAAGAUCUUUAGCAGACUGCUUGAGAGGCUUCCGAAAGUGGUUCUGGGGAAUGAGGAAUUGCCUGCACUUUCAGUGGUGAAGCAGUUACUUGUCAUCACUUAUUAUUCUGGUCCGCAGUUUUUGGCGAAUCAUCUUCAGUCUCCCAUAACAGCUAGCAGAUUCCUGGAUAUAUUUUCUCUCUGUCUGAGCCAAAAUUCAGCAUUCACCGGUUCUCUUGAGAAACUCAUCGCAGAAAGGCCCUCAUCAUCGACAGGUUACCUCCCUUCAAUCACAGAAUUAAAAGUGGGGUUUCGGGAGACUAGAUACAACCGUACUGUUCCAAAUAUCACUGAAACAGAUCAAGUAAAAUUGGAGAUAUCGUCGCCCACGAGCUAUAUGUUACCUCGCAUGCCUCCAUGGUUCUCUUACGUUGGUAGCCAGAAGCUCUAUGAGAUGCUUGCUGGAAUCCUUAGACUUGUAGGAUUAUCCUUAAUGGCAGGAUUUCAAAAUGAAGGGCAUUUAGCUGUCAUCCUGGAUAUUCCUCUGGGGGUUUUCCGUAAACUGGUUUCAGAUAUUCGUGCGAAGGAGUAUGAUGGAGAAGACUGGCAAUCUUGGUGUAAUCGAACAAGUUCAGGACAGUUAGUUCGCCAGGCGGCAACUGCUGCUUGUAUCCUGAAUGAGAUGAUUUUUGGUCUAACGGAUCAAUCAACUGAUGCUCUCUCAAGACUGCUUCAGAAGUCAAGAAAGGGAAGUGACAAACUUUCCUGGGAAAUCUCAUGGAAUAAACGUGCAAAAAGUCAUCUGAUUGAUUGCGUUGGUAAAAUCUUGCACGAAUACCAAUCUUCUGAAGUGUGGGAUCUCCCUGUGGACCAAAAGACAAUUCCUGGUCAAACUGAUUCCGAUGUUCAACAUUUUAGUCUGCAUUUCUUAAGAGACUGUGCAAUGCUACACCAAGUUAUAUUAGAAGGAGUAGGUGUAUUUUCCUUGUGUCUUGGAAAAGAUUUUGCUUCAAGUGGAUUUCUUCACUCUUCGCUUUACCUUCUGCUUGAGAGUCUUACCUGCUCCAGCUUCCAAGUUAGAAAUGCUUCAGAUGCUGUCUUACGUCUUCUUGCUGCCACCUCUGCCCAUCCAACAGUUGGGCAUCUGGUUGUUGCAAAUGCGGAUUAUGUUGUUGACUCUAUUUGUCGUCAGCUGCGCCACCUGGAUCUUAAUCCUCAUGUCCCAAAUGUUCUUGCUGCUAUGCUUUCUUAUAUCGGAGUUGCUCAUGAUAUACUGCCUUUAUUGGAGGAACCGAUGCGAUUGGUUUCCCAGGAACUAGAAAUUGUUGGUAGACAACAGCAUCCAAAUCUAACUUCACCCUUCUUGAAGGCUGUUGGUGAGAUUGUAAAAGCAUCAAAGAACGAGGCUUGCCUAUUACCAGACCGAGCCAAGUCAUAUAGUGUUCAUGUUAAGACCAAAGCAUCUGAUGCGAUAACAUCAAGGCAAGAGAGAGGUUCAGAUUUUGACAAUAAAGUUGAUGACGAGGACGAAUGGGAAAACAUAGUGCUUGAACUGAAUCGUUCUAAACGAUACAGACGCACAGUUGGAUCCAUCGCCUCUUCGUGUUUAGUUGCAGCCACACCUCUCCUUGCAUCAUCAAAUCAAGUCUCAUGCUUGGUCUCCCUCAGUAUAAUCGAGGAAGGAGUAGUGGCACUGGCUAAAGUCGAGGAAGCUUAUCGAGCUGAGACAGAAACCAAAGAAACAAUUGAAGAAGUCAUUGAGUUUGCUUCAUUCUUUCAGCUUAAAGACUACAUGAAUGCUACAAACGAUGGAGCAGACGAAAACCGCCUUUUACCCUCUAUCAACAAAAUCUGGCCUUUCUGUGUUGCUUGCAUACGUAACAGAAAUCCCGUGGCUGUGCGCAGAUGCUUAACUGUGAUAACCCGAAUCAUUCAGACAUCCGGAGGAGAUUUUUUCUCACGUCGUUUCCGCAAUGAUGGCCCGGAUUUUUGGAAGCUUUUAACAACAUCUCCAUUCCACAUUAUGACAGCGAAGAACCUCCGGGAAGACAACAAAUCGGCUCUCCGGCUUCCUUACAGAACCGUCUCCGAGUCGUCUCCUUCGAUUGCUGAAGGUUCCAGCUUGAAAGUGCAGGCUGCACUUCUCGACAUGAUUGCAGAGCUUUCUAGAGACAAACGCAGUGCUUCAGCGUUAGAUGCAGUCUUGAAAAAAGUUGCGGGACUGGUCGUUGGGAUCGCCUGCAGCGGCGUAACUGGCUUAAGGGAAGCGGCUUUGAAUGCAUUGAGAGGUUUGGCUUGUAUCGAUCCUGAUCUCAUUUGGAUUCUGUUAGCUGAUGUGUACUAUUCUCUCAAGAAGAGAGAUUUGCCUCGUCCACCGUCUCCAGAGUUUCCUGAUAUGUCUACGGUUUUGCCUUCACCACUGCCGGAGGAUUGUCAAUUUCUGUACGUAGAGUAUGGUGGUCGGAGCUAUGGUUUUGAGUUGGAGUUUAGCUCCGUUGAGACCAUCUUCAAGACAAUGCAGUCUCUGGUCUUUGUUGACCAAUGUUAAUAACUUUGCUUGUAAAUACUUUUCUGAAAACAUAUGAAACUAAUUUAUUAUUUAAUUGAAAUUCUUGGGAAGAAAAAUACAUUUGUUUAUUGUGUAAAACAUUGGGGGCGAGAUGCAAAAGAAAUAAAAAGUAGGGGGUUUAAAUGAAA